CCAGCCAGCCGCCCCUCGACCCGAGAGGAGAGAGACAGACCCCGAGUCAGUGUGCCAGUAGCAGUCAAGAAGUAGGCAUGUGCUUCGCGCAGCCCCGGUGCCUCCAGCACACGCUGUGUCUGACUUAGAUCACGGCGCCUAUACAUAAAUUCUUGGAAUUAAUAUUUUUCAAACCAAAUAUUGCUAUUGGAAAUGCGUCUAAUUCCAUAAAACCUCGAGGUAAAUACUUUUGAAAAUUCAUAAAAAAAGAAAAUUAAUUUUGAAAAAUUCCCUGAACAAAAGGCAUUACAAAGCCUUGAGAAACUACCUCAACGAGCACAAGAGAUUUAUGUGAUGGAAAGCAAUGCUCUGAUUUAUCUGUGUACCCAUUAGUUAUUUUCCUCAUACCUGCAGUGCCACUAAUAAAUCACGGGACCAGUGAAUUACAACAGCCAGAAAUUUAAGUCCUGGUGUUAAAAUGAAAUAUAAAACUUACAGUGACUCCUGAACUAUAUUAAACAAGGAAUCUGGUUAAGUUCCUUAACAGCACAUUAUUCUGGUGUGCGGUACGAAGUGAUAAUACGAUCGUUAAUAAUGGACUUGAAGGAGUAUUGUCAGUAUGGAAUUUUACCCUUACUCCUGGUGGUUUCGUCUUCCGCCUUUGCAGAAAUUUCCAGUGAAGUGGAGGUGUGGGGCGUCGCGGGAGGAAGGGUGGAGCUUCCAUGCGAACCAAAACUCAAGGAACCGAACGACUAUCCUGUCUUGGUCCUGUGGUACCUCUCGAGUAACACGACGCCCGUUUACAGCUAUGACGCAAGGACGGGCGACUUCAGCAGCGGAAAGAGGUGGGCCGAUUUGCACACCUUCGGCAACAGAGCCUAUUUCUCGGCGCUGGCAGUACCGCCCAGCCUAAUCCUGGAGCCCCUCCGCUCGGAUGACGGAGGAAUUUACACCUGCAGGAUUGACUACCGGCGGUCGCCUUCCACCUCUGCUGUCACCAAUCUCACUGUUAUAGUCCCACCAGGGCCACCUGUAGUUUUAUGGAAUGGCGUCGGGGUCGUAGGAAGCGUAGGCCCACUACAGGAGAACUCUCAAGUCACUUUGAUCUGCAGAAGUAAUGGGGGAAGCCCCCCACCUCGACUGACUUGGUGGUGGAGGGGAUCGAAGCUUUCACAUCAAACGACUAAUGUCACCUUCAAUCCCCUCAGCAGGUCACCGAAAGUUGAAUCGACGGUAUGGCUGAGGGCUACCAGGGGUUUCCAUGGAGCACUGCUGACCUGCCACGCCCACCCACCAACACCAGAGCAGUCCAGUCGCAAUAUCAUUUUGCAACCUCGCACAGCGUCCGUCUCCCUCAACAUUACGUUGCCACCAUUAGAAAUCAGUAUAACUGGAACGAGAGGGCCUGUUUCAGCAGGAACUGCCCUGCAGCUAGAGUGCCGCUCCGUGGGGUCAAAUCCCCCUGCAGAACUAAACUGGUGGAGAGGUCACUUGCAUCUUACUGAGGUCGUGCAUUCGAUAUAUAACGCUGGAAACGUGACGACAGCGACUCUAACAGUGGUGACAAACAGAGACCACGAUGGUGCUACCUUUGCUUGCACUGCAUCUAACCCGUUGCUGCCCAAUUCUCCUAUCACCCGCACUGUCAGGCUGGAAGUUCACUAUCCGCCAGUUGCGACUUUGAGGUUAGGGAGGGCAAUUAAUUCUUCAAUCAUUCAGGAGGGCAAUGAUAUCUACUUUGAAUGUGAUGUGGCAGCUAAUCCCGAAGUCCAGAGAAUUGACUGGACACACAAUGGAGUCAUGCUAAAGCAUAACCUAAAAGCAGGCAUUAUGAUGAGUGGCCUCAGUCUGGCUUUGCAGAAAUUGAGCAAGCGUAACUCUGGUUCUUACACGUGCAUUGCCUACAACAGCGAGGGGAGGAACACCAGUAAUACCCUUCAUCUUACUGUCAGACAUGCACCCCAGUGUUUUGGAGGCACUCAAGCAAAAAUUGUAGGUUCAGCAAGAGGCACACCUACCCUCCUUACCUGCCGAGUGGAAGCGGAGCCUUCAGAAAUUAUCGGCUGGGAGUGGGUUAGAAUCAGAGACGAUAAUACAGACGAAAAAAUACCAGAGAAAAUAGUGCAGAGCAACGGCCUGACUUCCAGUGUCAGACUCACUCCUCUCUCCCAAGGAGAUUACGGAUACGUGACAUGUCGCGCUACCAAUGAAAUUGGCAAGCAGCUGGACCCCUGCGUGAUCAACUUCGUCCCAGCAGGGCCACCUGACCCCCCCACCAACUGCUCAGCUACACCUGUGAACAGAGGCCAAGAAACGACUUCCUUGUCUAUUGCCUGUCACGAAGGUUUCGAUGGCGGCCUUCCUCAAGAGUUCCUCCUCGAGGUUCAGCAAGAAAAAGAGGUUAUUGCCAAUUUAAGCAGUGAGUUUCCAGAGUGGGUAGUGGACCAACUACUAGGUGGUGCCAGUGUCACUAUCAGAGUGACUUCACAAAAUGCCCACGGGAAAAGUGAGCCUUUGAUGUUAGAGGUACACACGCCCCUUGCACAGCAUAGAGAAGCUUUAGACAGCGCCACAAAAGAUAAGAAAACCCUUCUGGGAGCCACAACUCUCUUUGGAGCACUGGUGGGCGUGGUGGUCGUUCUCGUCAUUCUGAUUAUCGUGAGUGUGGUCAUAGCCCGAAAGGCUAAGCCCCGUCCCAAGAAUAAACCUACAAUCGUUUCUACAACGCCCGUGGACAGCACAUGGGAGUGCUACAACCCGGACCUCGUCUCUUCUGCACAGCAAAGGCAGCCGAACAGAGAGGCACUCACGGUCAGUCAACAAAGCUUGCCCUCACCGCGUCUGCACACUCUUAUGCAGAAGCACCGCAAUACAUGCUUGCCUUUGAAUGAACAAGCGCAGAACUGUAUUCAGAUGCAUAGGAAAUCCUUGCCUCAUUUGCUAAUCAGCAAUCGAGAUACAAAGGGUUCAAAAGAUAUGGAACUUCAAACAUUUGAUCUCGAGGACUCAGGGAGCGAUUCAAACAAUGACUCGGAUGUAGAAUCUGUCAUCGAAGUGACCCAUUUUGCUACAAAGGGCCUGAUCUCAAGUACAAAAGUGGACAAGAGCCUUCACAGCUCCUGCUCUCCUCUGACGAAUACAAAUGCCAGCAAAGGGAAUACCCUGGGCGCUGGCGCCAACUUAUCUAAAUCGUCUCACGCUUUAUCUUACGAAAAAGAGGCUACAAAACCUUUAUUAACCAAAGAGGACAAGAAUAUUUCAAACCCCAGAAUUGUUACCAAUCUUCACACCAAAACCUCGCUGUCAAAUAUUUGUGCUAAAGAGAGAGCUAUAAUUCCUCCAAAAUCCCCAGAGAAGCACAGAAAAGAAAGAUCUGUUAGUGAAAGAGAUAAACUCUUAGGGGACCAAUCAGCGUGCCAAAAUAAAACAGCCCCUGAUAUGACACCUCCCCCAAAACCCCCAAGAGUUUUCAACCCUUCACAGCCAUCAGCUCUUCCAUCAUCUCCCGAUUCUCAAAAGAGAGGCUCUAAAUUAUCCCUCCUGGAUUACAGGGCUUGUGCUCAACAAAAACCACAAAAACCUUCGGAAACUACUGGAAGUCAUCAGAGAGAUGACGCGUGCGCCCCGCUGGCCGAGGAUGAAGUAAGGGGGUCCUACCAAGACUCAGAAAAGGGAAAUAAGCGAAUUCGUCAGAAUGGAAUACCGAAAAAAAAUACAGACGAAGUCGUCAGAAAGAGUCCAAGUAGGGAAACGAGUAUAUGACCCAUGCCUCCGAUAUGGCUCUCUCUCCAGCCUGUUGAAAAGAGGGCCGUAUCUGGUGAAUAAACUUUCCUCCGAAUUGACAGUUCUAGUAAACGUUAAGACCAGUUACUUUGGUACCUCCUCGGUUCUACUGCACGUGAAAAUUUGAAUGCAGAGUCGAAUUAAUAUAUUCUAUAUAUGAAAUAUUGACUUUUGCGUAAUUUCAGGGAACAACGUUUCUUGGUGAUAAGUACAACGUUAUUCGCAAGUAUUACAAAGAAAACGUGUGGGCGAGUGUCAAAGUAAACAUAAAUAUCGCGCGGAAUAUUCUUUGUGUCUGACAUAAUCGAUGAGACUUUUGUCAGCCUUGAGGCUCUAAACUCUUUUAGAUGAUGCCAACGUUAUGAAACUAGUCAGUGAAAACGUAUCAAAUAAGUUCUGUUUUAAUAAACUGAGACCACAGUAUUUUUUUUUUUAUAAAAAUAAUAAGGGUUAUAACAAUAACAAGUGGGCAUUUAUAAGUGAAAAAAAUAAAUGUUAAAUCGCAUUAAGCACAACAAAUCGGAACUUGUUAUCGCGUGUGGAUCAAUGCUAUUUAGAUUCUUUAGUAUAAACCUUCAUCUUUCCAAACAGGAGGACAUUUGUAUUCUGAAAACUAAAUGUUAAAUAAGUGCAGAAAGGAGGCCACCCAGGUCAUACUUUUACAAAAUGUGAACUGAAAAAUUUCGCACUUAAUAUUAAAAUAUCUUUAAGAAAUUAAUAUACGUCACAUCGUACCUUCAAGACUGCUGUCAAAUCGUACCUCCCAAUUUCAUUAAACACACACACAU